AUGGCUUGGGAUGCAACAGCAGGCGUAUCGUUGGAGUACCAAACAAAACCCAAAGUAACAGAAACUACAUUUUUUGCGUUUGCCUUGCCGUUACAGCGUUCCAGGUUAGAUUCCUCAAUGGGUAUCCGUAAGAUAAUCUUACACCCUCACACAUCGUUGGCGCGAUGGCCUGCAGUCCAGAGCCAGACGCCAUCGCAAAACCCUGUUUUCGACGCAGGUUGCCUUCCAAUGCUAUUUCCGCCAUGGUUCAGGCCGUCGACGCUGUACUGCAGGUGUCGUAGUAUCGAAGUAUCAAAGUAUCAAAGUAUCGAAGUUUCGACGUCUCACGCUGCAGGGUCGGGGUCCCAGGCACCUGGCCAAGCUGAACGCGGUUCGGGAAUCAAAAGCUUGGUCACACAGCAUGUCCAGUGGAGGACGUCGAUUAGUGAUGCCAUGGCGCCGUCGAGCUGCUUGGGUUGUGGGUGUGUUUUAAACGGCCCUGGCGGCUGUCGCUGGUUCAAGGCGGAUCACGGCUGGAAAUGUGCCGAAAUUUCGAUCCUUGGCAUAAGACUGACGGCUGCAGUGCUCCAGUGCUCCAGUGCUCCAGGCCCCGGGUUUAGGUUAGGGGUUUAG